CUUUUCCUAGGAAGCGUAAUUGCAUGCUGUAAUCCUGUUCAAUUGACUCCAUUGCUCGACGAGGUCACCGUAUCUUGUCAUAACCGAGUUCCAAUUACCACACCUCCUGUACGCUAGGUUUGUCAUUAUUGUGAGACAGCUCCCUUCGCAAAUACCUUAACAAAGGAGUGGUUUAUAGCUGUACGUCGCGGCGGUUCCUGGCUAGCACUUAUAUAUACCAGUACUGAAGCAAGUGUCCCACUGUUUGAUGUGACAGAACUGCUAGGUAAUGAAGAUGGCUUGAAAUAUAAGCUGGGGUACUGACCUUGGCUAUCAGCGCGCAACCGUGCUCUGAGCGACGGCGCAUAAGACUGCCACAAUGAGCCUUCAGUGUUAAGGGGACGGGUCGGCCUGUGGACGCCAUGAAAUGGUUAAAAUUCCUCAAGGCUGCCAGGAAGAGAACUCUUGAAGGCGGGGCGGAGACUUGCGCACCAGAUGAUGGCACCGCGCAGCAAAAGCACACGAAGCGCAGAUCUAUGCAGCAUGAGCGCAGGGAGCGCACCUCUAUUGAACAAUGGCACGAAGCACGCAAGAGCAGGACCUCCACGGACAUCUGCUCCGCCUUCAACGUCACCACCACCGAGCGCCUCUCCGUGUGCAAGGCCGGUAUCACCAUCCUCAUCAACCGAACCUACAUCGUCAUCAAGCAUCUGGGAUCCGGAACCAGCGGCCAGGUCAAACUAGCCCUCAACGUGCGCAGCAAGAAGUUAGUAGCCAUCAAGGCGGUGCGCAAGAGCAGUGCAUGCGGCUUCGGAGCAGGAGGAGGAGGGCGGGACUGCGAUGCGAGGAGCUGUGAUGGCCGUGGCAGUGCGGGAGGAGGGCUGCUGAUGCGGCAGCAGGGUUAUGGAGGAGGAGGAGGAGCAGCAGCAGCAGGCGGCAGCAGCGGGGGUAUGGGUGGAGCUGCUGCUGCGGCGGGCGGCGGCAGGGGCUGGAGGGCGAUGACGGCGGCUUCCAUCCUGAGGCGCAGCGGCAGCGUGGGGAUAGGCGCAUGGAGUAACAGCUGCCGAGACAGCAGCUCCUCCGCCUCCCGCUCCCCCCCACGUCGCUUUCCAGGCCGAGCCGCCUCCGCCUCCGACGCGCCAGCCCCACCCACCGCACCCGCCAGCACCGCUGCCGGCGCCACCUCGCGACCCACGGGUCACCACGCCCCCUCCGAGGAGCUCGUCCGCGAAAUCGCCAUUCUGAAGCGCCUGUCACACCCCAACAUCGUGCAGCUGCUGGAGGUGAUUGACGACCCCGCCUCGGACUGCCUGCUGCUUGUGAUGGGCUAUGUGGAGGGCAGCACGCUGCAGCCGCCGCAGCUGGCGCCGGGGCGGUGGCGGCCGCUGGCGGAGGAGGUGGCGUGGCGGUAUGCGCGCGACGUGUUGAGCGGUCUGGAGUACCUGCACUGCCAUGGGGUGGUGCAUGGGGACCUGAAACCCGCGAACUUCAUCCAGGACUCCCUGACGGGUGUGGUGCGCAUCCUGGACUUUGGCAGCGCCGUGCUGCACUGCCGCUCUGCGUGCGCAGGGGGGCUGGAGGGGCUGCGGGGCGCGCACGCAGGGCCCUUGAGCUGCACCCCGGGGUUCAGGUCGCCUGAGAGCCUGGCGGCAGGGUACCGACCUAGCUUCGAGCUCGACAUGUGGGCCCUGGGCGUGUGCCUCUACCUCUGGGUGUACGGCGAGCUGCCCUUCAAAGGCUCCGCGCCCUUUGUUGUGUACGACAACAUCCGCAGUGCCCCGCUGGCGUUGCCGCCCCACCCGCCCGUGUCCCCCCAGCUAGCCGACCUGAUUACCCGGCUCCUGAACAAGGACCCCGCGUCCCGACUGACGGUGCAGCAGGCGGUGCAGCACCCCUGGGUGAGUGUACAGGGACUGGCGCCGCUGCGGACGGCCUCUCCGGUGGUACUGGCGGCUCGACUGCAGAUUGCGGCGGCAGCAGCGGAAGCAGCCGGGGCGGAAUGGGAGCAGCAGGGACAGCAUGCGGUGGCUGUCGGGCGGGUUCAUUCCCAACUGCCAUCCGCGUUUGCUGCUGGCAGCUGCGGCGCCGGCAGCAGCGGGGUGACGGCAGCAGCAGCAGCUGCUGCCUCGGAGGCGGCACCGCUGGGCGCGGGGGGGGUUCGUGGCGGCUGCGGCGGAGGGGGAGGCGGAUGGGUGUCUUCCGCUAGACAGUCGGAGCUGCAGCAGGGGCAGCAGCAGGGGCAGCAGCAACAGCCCUGGGUUGCGACGGCCGCUGCUGCUGCUCGGUCCUCAGCGCUUCCGACAGCCGGAGCGGCAUGGGCGGCAUGCGCCGGGCAGGCAGCACUGACAGCGACAGCAGCGGCGGCACCGCCGCCGCCGUCAGCAGCAGCGGCGGCGGCGGCGGCGACAGCGGCGGUGACCGCGUUCGUGUGGGAGGGCUCCGCGAGCAGUACGGCACCCUCGCGGCGAGGUCCCGCCGCGGCGACUGCCCCAACCUCUUUCUCAGCAGCAGCAGCGGGUGCCGCCAAGCCGGCGGCGGCUGCAGCAGCUGCUGCGGCCGCUGCGAUGAUGGAUGCGGACGGGCCGGGGCCGUGGCGUCUGUCGGCUGUCACCGCCGCCGCGUCUCCGCUACGUCCUGCUACGUCGCCGGGUGCUGCUACUGCUGCGCCCAAGUCCUCCCUUGCAUGCCAGCAGUUCCCCCCAGCACCCGCUGCAACCAAUUCCGCCACCCCCAUGAAAGCCAGCGCCAACACCCAUUCCACCACCCCCGCAAUGCCACGCAUUACAGAGGGCAGCAGCGGCAGCGCCGCCUGCACCGGUACCGGCAUGAGCGUUGCAAACACCUGCAGCGGCUUGGUUGCUGCUGCUGCUGCUGCCGGCGUCGCCGUUGCGGACUGCAGCAAUGGCGCCCAUGCUGCAGCUGCUGGCAACGGCAGCAACGGUAACGGCAACGAUAAUGGCGGCAAUGGUCGGCGGCGGCGGCGGAGCAGCGACCUGUGGGAGUUGCGUCGCAGUGUGACGGACGAGGAGCUUCAAGCGGCCAUCAGCAGCUGCAGCGACCCAACGGGCAGCGCGGCGGUGCUGAUGGAAAGCAUCUUUACGGAGGUGACCUUCCCGGCUAGGCACCAAAUAAUUCGCGCGGGAGACCCGCUGGAAUGGAUCUACCUCAUCACGGCUGGCGAGGUGGAGAUCUACCAUGACCUGGCUCGAGACGGUCCGGACGCGCCAUGCCCGCACAAACCCAUUAUUGAAGGUCUCAGCGAUCCCGAGUCAGACAUGGACGAUCCCGGGGACUUCCUCGACCUGCGGCUGCCCGGCGGUGGUCGACACGUGCCCCCGCAGCUCGAGCGCCUCUCCACGGGGCUGCUCAUGCGUAUGACGAGCGGGGCGGCAGCAGCAGCAUCCGGGGCGGAUCGCAGCAAUCAUGGAGCAGGAGCAGCAGGCGGAGGCGGGGCGGGGGAAGUUGUGAAGUCUGCAGAGGAAGCAGCUGCAGCGGCUCCCGGGCAUCCCUCCUCAUCCUCUGCGGCGGUGGUGGUGACGGCGCCAGGAGCUGCAUCGCCGUCUGUGGAUGCGUGUGGGGUGUCAGCCUUCGCGCAGAACGACAAUGGCGUCCUGUCGUUACCACCGCAACCGCAACCGCCCUCCAAUGCAUGCAAGGGGGCCUGCAACAGCAGUAACGCCAACACCGCCAACGCCAACACCAUCCACCCCGACACCAUCAACCCCAACAACACCAGCAACAGCACCGGCAGCAAUGUCAUCCUCUUUCGCGAGGCAAGCAGCAGCGGCAUGGGCCUUCUGGGCCUUCCCCACCGCACUCAGAACGGCUCGCACCUCAUCGUGGCCUCCAAGGGCCCCGGUGACAGCCUGGGCUUUGCCGGCAUGGCACCCGGCGGCCCCGAGCCCGGACGCCAGCCCGUGUGGUCGGCCAACGUGCGCGCGCGGACGCAGGUAACGGCCUUCGCGGCGCGCAUCGAGUCGCUUCACAAGUUGGCUCGAGCGCACCCGCAAGUAGAGCCGCUAUUGCAACAGAUCGCCGUACAACAGGAAACGGAUCUGGCGGUUGCGGAGGCGAUGAGGUCGUUGAGGUUGGUUGGCGGAGGAAUCGGCGGCGGCGGCGGUGGUGGUAGGGGUCGCGUUGCUGGCGGCGGCGGCGGCGCCGAGAGUGGCGGCGGCAGCGUUGCGCCGCCAGAUCUGCCGGGAAGAGGUAAAGAGGGAGGUGACGUCAUGGCGAGUGGUGGCGGAGACACAGCCAGUGGCGUCGGGAGUGGGACUGAAGCGACGGCCAUGUCGACGGCAGGAGGAGCGAGGACACCGGCCGCGGCGGCUGCAGCGGCGGCGGCGCGGUUGCUAUCGACCAAGGCGAGUCGCUCGGACAGCAGUGCUCGUUGCGGCGGUGCCGGCGCCGCCAGCGGCGGCGGCGGUGGUGCCGUCGUCGUCGGCGGCGGCGGAGGCGGCAGUACGGGCAUGAGCUCCGAGGGUGAGAGUGAGUCGUGCGGUACGGCAGGGACGUCGGUCACGGGGCUGACGGCGGGAUCCUCCCUGACGAGCAGCCUCCCGUCGCGACUGGCGGCUUUCACAUCGUCCGGACCGGCGGACGGAGCGUCGUCAAUGGCAUCUGCCGGAGACGCCGCCGCCGCAGCAGCGGCGACCACGGUGGCGUUGAAGGCUGGGGACGCGAGGGCUGCGGCAGCAGCUGCAGCGGUGGAGGCGGGGCCUUGGGGUUCGUGUGACAUGGUGGGGGAGAGCUGUGAGUGUCCCAUGGUGGAUGCGGAUGUAAUGAUAAUGGGCUGAUGGGGGAUGGAUGGAUAACACAUCGAAAGUGUUGGCAGCGCUGGGUGUGAGGUGUUGGCGGCGGCUGCCACGUACGUUGGGUUUAAGGGGGUUUAAGUGCGAGAGGGUAUAUGCACCGACCUGCACAUGUGGGGGGAGGAACCAAUGUUGCUCAGUGUCAUGUCGAUGCGAGCGAUGGGAGUUGGUGCGGCAGGGGAGGGGUUCGUCAAGAGCAGUCGGGAGGAGGGAAAACAGGAAAGAGGCGAGGAGGGCGGGACAUACACGCACAUGACCCAAGGAAGUAAGAGGGGAAGAGCGCAGAGCGUUGCACUUUAUAUCCAACACAUGUAUUGGAUAUUAGAUAUCAUAGCCACACUCGGGGGAGGGAGCGUAGCUAGGUAUCCGCCGUUUUGUCGGCCUAUAAGUGGUAUUGCAUGCACACCCAUGCAAGCGCACGUGCAUGCGCGCACGCAUACAGAGGAUACGUUGCCAGGCCUGAGACUGGCUGCUGCUGGGGGGGGGAGGCCACUGGGUGUGUAUGGGCGGUCGACAGUGAAGCCCCCGUCAGGGCCGCUUUGUUACAUAGAGUUAUUGCGGGGUGUGCUAGCUUGGUCCAAGCCUACGGACCCAGGCCGGGCUUUGGCAUAGUUCCUGGUGGCUUGCGUCCUCACGUGCUGGCCUCUUUCAUGGCAGCAGCCAAUUGUGCUCCUGUGUGUGCGUCGGAUGGCACAUGGAUGAGCGAGUUUGAUUGCUUGCUGAUGUAUGAGAACGCGAGGGCACGUUCCCUUGGGCCGCAGUUAGGACCCAUGGGUCAGUGGCCGAUGGGUCGCUGGUCUUGGAGCUGGCUCGGCGUACGCGCGUGCGUGAGCCACACUGGGCUGGAGAGGGACGAAUGGGUGUGAGGUGGUGUCGUGGCGAGGGAACAGGGGUGUCGCUGCUUAUUGAGGUGGGAGCAGAACAUGACGUGCUGUCUAGGAUGCUUGGAUUGGUUGUCCUGCAUUCUUGCAUGGCUUGUUUGGGCUGCGGUCUUGUCGUUUUGUGGGCAGAGCCUGCAGAGGUGCUGAGGAAUUGCUGGCGAGCUCAUGACCGUAGUGUCGAGGGCAUUGGUAGUUGGCGUUAAUGUGCAAACAAUCGGCGCGGCUUCCUGCCUUUCCGUGGGGUGAGGCUGGGGGUCUUUUUGUCAGCUUUGAUUACUUAGGAGGCCCUCUUUUGCCGUCUAUGCAGGUCUCUAACCGAAUAUGGAAGGGCUCUUGUCUCUUUAGUCGGAUAGGCGGAUUUUGUGGGUCGCUGCACAUUUUAUGUCUGUCUCUUUGGCUUGAUUUGCGCAGCAGCCAAAUUUCGAGGGAGGUGGUUUUUCCCAGCAUCGCCCCCGUCUAUUACCCGCAACAUGCAUGUGACAUGCAGUGGAAAGGGCUCUUCUGCCGCCACGUGUAUCACUGGAAGCGAAAGCCUGAUAUAGCCAUGUUUUUUAUGGCGGAGAGCUUGCAUGGUGCCGAGUGGCGGCUGUUUCAUUGCGGUUUUAUUAGCGUUAGUUGCUUAGCGCGCUCGGUGUGUCAGUGUGCCUGUGCCUGGUCUUUUAUGGGGGUUUUCUGUGGGUGCUGCUAUCGGUGGUGGUGGUGGUGGUGGUGGUGCGUCAUGGUAAACAUGCAAGGCAGUCCGAACAACGUUUACAACACGUUUGCGGCUGUCUUGCGUGCUGCCUGUUUGAUUUGGAAACGGUUUGGUGGUUUCGUCUAACUGGUUGGUGGUUGUACGGUUAAGAAAGCGUCUGUACGACAAGAGUGCCGCGCCAGAGCCUUUACCUGGAGCUUUUGGUUUCGGGGCUCCCAUGGGGGGAUGUAGAUGCACUUACAUCGCGUUGUCUUAAGUGUGCUGGGGGCAGCUUUCAGGAGUGAAAUGCCUAAAGUAGACACGCAAUGGGCCUGUUAAGAAACUGGCUGCGAGGAGGAGUACGUGUACUGGAUUGUGCGUGGGGGUUUAAUAUGUAUGACGCAUGCGUCCACAUGGCCAGGUGGUGGUAGCGGCUUUCAGUCGGGAAAACUGUCCUAAUGAAGCCAGGUAUAACCGUUUCUUAAGACGACAAGACACGUUAUGAUAAAUGGCACAUGAAGUAAAGAAACUGUCCGUUCGGUAUGGACAGUGGGCUGGCAGGCUGGCGUUUCGUUCGUUGAUGUCAACAUGAGUGCUUGUGUUGCGAAACGGGUUUGACUGAUUGUUGGACAAUGGUCGUCACAUGGUGCUGGGUGCGAGUGCGGAGAUAUAUGCUGGUCCUAUGGAUGUUGUGCGCGAGUGUAUGUUUUCGUUGCCGAAUCGCAGAGUGCUUUCGUCUUGACCAUGCGUGUGUGCGUGUCUUAUCAACUAAGCCAUGAGUGAGUGUGUUGUCACAGUGAAACGUCUGUUGUCGACACGUCUGUUGCCACGGGACGACGAUCUCGACUCCCAUCUUGUCCUUGUUGAAACAAGGAGAAGCGGUGGAUGACAUGUCCUUCCGGUCAGCAAUGCCGACUUUCCUUCCUGUUCCUGUAUAUCCCUGUAGCGAUUUUGCACCCAAGCUUUAGGUGGUCAAGGACGAGCAGAACGUGUUGCGUGCGCGAGUUAAUAAGCUAGUUAGUAGCUAGUAACAAACCGGUUGGUCUGUGUGAGCGAGCACACAAAAUCGUUACCGAAAUUGUUCUCUUCUGUUGAGAGGAGGCAGUCCACUGAGCGCACUGGGGCGAUGUGGAGGGGGCCUUGAGCGGACGGAUGGACGGACUCUUUCAUGCAUUUGAACUGGUGGCGGGAGAAGGGUGCGUUAAUGCGCCCUGAUGCUGAUGUUGGGGAGGAGGUGGCCAGGAGGAGAUUGAAUACCGGUAUCAAUAAUUGCCGCACUGUGUCGUGUAAUGGCCCAUGCAAAG